CUCUCUCUCUCUCUCUCUCUCCCUAUAUAUAAAACGGGUUUUUCUCUGUUGGGCUUUUUUUUCGAGUUUUGACGCCCAAUCAAUCAAAUUUUCGUGCUUUGUGGAUUUAAGUUUUCAUCAUAUGAGAUUGGAUUCCAAUUCUGCAAAGUGGGUAUGCAUCUGUAAUUUUGUUUUUGAGGGUUGGUGCUUGGUGGUGGUGAUAUCGAAACAAUCGAAAUGGGGAAUGUGAAUGGGAGAGAAGAUGGGGGUGGAAGCCCAUCAGCGGCUGAGGAAGAGAGUGGUGGUGGGAGCGUGCAGGAGGGUCAUGCCCAUGGCCGUGGUGUUAGUGGUGGCGGUGAUGGGUCGUCUGAGUUGAUGGGUCAAUCGCCUCCUCAUAGCCCUAGGGCCACUCACUCCCCUUUGAUGUUUACUCCUCAGGUCCCUGUGGUUCCCUUACAAAGACCAGAUGAGAUACACAUACCAAACAACUCAUGGAUGCAAACUUCAGGGUUUGAAGACAUGUGCUGUGAGCAAGGUAUUCCGACUAUGAUUACAUGGAGCUAUGGUGGGAAGGAUGUAGCUGUGGAGGGAUCCUGGGAUAACUGGAAGACAAGAAUGGCUUUACAGAGAUCAGGGAAAGACUUCACGAUCAUGAAAGUACUGCCAUCCGGUGUUUACCAGUAUAGGUUUAUUGUUGAUGGGCAGUGGAGGUUCUCUCCUGAUUUACCCUUGGCCCAAGAUGAUGCGGGCAAUUCUUACAACCUUUUGGACUUGCAGGAUUAUGUUCCAGAAGACAUUGGCAGCAUUUCUGGUUUUGAACCUCCCCAGUCCCCUGACUCAAGUUAUAACAACCUGCAGCUUGGAUCUGAAGAUUUCGCAAAGGAGCCGCCAUUGGUUCCCCCACACCUACAAAUGACACUGCUCAAUGCGCCGUCAUCUUACAUGGAGAUGCCGCCUCCUUUGUCAAGACCUCAACAUGUGGUACUCAAUCACCUUUACAUGCAGAAAGGGAAGAGUGGCCCAUCUGUGGUGGCACUUGGUACAACAGAGAGGUUUAUAGCGAAGUAUGUUACAGUGGUUCUCUACAAGUCCUUGCAGAGAUAAGCAUACACAGAAUGUUUGUCUGGACACUACAGACCCCUUUAUGUAGUUAGUUUAUAUAAAUUGAAAAGUUCAAUGCCAUUUUCAUGGCUUCGGUAUGUUGAGGAAGGAUUAUCAGGUGAAACUUCAAGAUUGUAUUUUCACACAAUUCCAUUGCUAAAUGACCAUUGAUCCAGCUGCUUUUGCA